AUGGCAGCAAGGCGGAUUGUGCAGGAGACUAUUGAUGCUGUCUUCCAAGAAAAAGCUAAGCGAUAUCAUUUGGACCCCAGUGCUGAGGCUGUAGGUGAAACUCUUCAGUUUAAAGCUCAAGAUCUUUUGAGAGCUGUCCCACGACCCAGAGCAGAGAUGUAUGACGACAUUCACAGCGAGGCUAGGUACUCACUCAGCAGGUCGGUAGCCCAUUCUCGGGACACUGGUAGAGAAGGCCUGAGAGGAGAUGUAUUUCCAGGUCCUUCCUUUAGAUCCAGCACCCCGUCUGUGAGUGACGAUACUUUCUUUCACAAAGACAUGGACUUUUCUCACCCUGACUCUCGUGACCAGGUCUUUGGCCACCGGAAAUUGGGGCAUUUCCAAUCUCAGGACUGGAAGCUUGCGCUCCGUGGCUCUUGGGAACAAGACUUUGGCCAUCCAGUUUCUCAAGAAUCCUCUUGGUCACAGGAGUAUACUUUUGGCCCUUCAAUACUAGGGGACUUUGGCGCCUCUAGGCUUAUUGAUAAGGAGUAUUUGGAAAAGGAGAGUCAAGAUUAUGAUUUGGAUCGUCCAGGUGAAGCAGACUCUGUGCGCCGGGGCAGUGGCCAGGCACAGGGCAGAGGCCGUGGUCUCAGUAUUAUUGACCAGGAAAGUGCUCUCUUAGGGAAGGGGGAGACUCAGGCCUUACUUAAGGCCAAAGGGGAUGUGGGGAAACUUGUCACACUAAGAAAUGUGAGCACGAAGAAAACACCUGCUUUAAAUCUUAUUACUUCCAAAACUCAGGCAACUAAUCAGAUGCAGAAAACUGCCCUGAGUUCUGAUGUAACCCUUGGAACCAACCCAGGGACAGAAGAUAUCCAGUUUUCUGUGCAGAAGAUCCCCUUGGGGUUGGAUUUGAAGAACGUCCGGCUCCCCAGAAGAAAGAUGAACUUUGACAUUGUAGAUAAGUCAGAUGUCUUUUCAAGGUUUGGGGUAGAAAUCAUCAAAUGGGCAGGAUUCCACACCAUAAAAGAUGAUGUUAAAUUUUCUCAACUUUUUCAGACUCUCUUUGAGCUUGAAACUGAAACCUGUGCUAAAAUGCUUGCCUCAUUCAAAUGCUCCUUAAAACCAGAGCACAGAGAUUUUUGCUUUUUUACUAUCAAAUUUUUAAAGCACUCUGCUUUGAAAACGCCCAGAGUUGAUAAUGAGCUUUUAAACCUGCUUUUAGACAAAGGUGCUGUGAAAACCAAAAAUUGUUUUUUUGAAGUCAUAAAGCCCUUUGACAAAUACAUCAUGAGGCUCCAAGACCGGCUUCUGAAAAGUGUCACCCCUCUGCUCAUGGCCUGCAAUGCCUAUGAGCUCAGUGUCAAGAUGAAGACUCUAAGCAACCCCCUGGACUUGGCCAUUGCCCUGGAGACCACCAACUCUCUCUGCCGCAAAUCCUUGGCCCUUCUGGGACAGACGUUUUCCUUGGCCUCUUCUUUCCGGCAGGAGAAAAUCUUAGAAGCCGUUGGCCUCCAAGAUAUAGCUCCCUCUCCUGCUGCUUUUCCAAACUUUGAGGACUCCACUUUGUUUGGAAGAGAGUAUAUAGACCAUCUGAAGGCCUGGCUGAUUACCAGUGGGUACCCACUCCAGAUUAGGAAGGUUGUACCUGAACCAAUGCAAGAAGAGGAGAAGACAACUUCCAUCAAACCUGGCAUUCAGACCAAGGCCCCAAGUGACCUGAGUGAUGCUGUGCCCCAGCGAGCAGGCCGCAAGGUGGUGGAGACCAUUGACAAGCUGGUGAUGCGCAUUGUGGAAGGCAGCCUGUCUCCCAGAGAGAGAGCUGCACUCAAGGAGGAUCCUGCUUACUGGUUUCUGUCUGACGAAGACAGUCUGGAGUAUAAGUAUUACAAGCUGAGGUUGGCAGAAGUGCAACGGGGAAAGCAGGUCCCAAGCAGCGAUGGCCGGCAGCCAGACAGAGCAGAGUGUGCCGUCAGGGCCAUGCUGUACGCCAAGGCUGUGCACAACCUCAAAAAGCGGCUUCUCCCGGGGCGGCGGCGACGAGGCCUUCUCCGAGCCCAGGGAUUUCGAGGCUGGAAGUCAAAGAGUGCAACCCCCAGCACCCAUAUGUUCCUCUCAUUGGGCACCAAGCUGCGCCACCAGGGUCGGGGUGGUUCUGCCAAGCCACAUAAAGAGACCACUUCGCGGAACGGCUCACCAGAGCCAGCUGUACCUGCUCCUCAGGAGCCCAGCGUGGGGGCCUUGAGCCCACCUCCCAAACCAGAAGGAAUGGAUGUUCCUGAAGCCUCUCAGACAGCCUCUCCUUGCCAAUCUGCUGUCGUUGAUGCAAAGACAAUGGAGACGGCGGAGAAGCUGGCACGAUUUGUUGCACAGGUGGGACCAGAGAUCGAGCAGUUCAGCAUUGAGAAUAGUGCUGACAACCCUGACCUAUGGUUCCUGCAUGACCAGAACAGCUCAGCUUUCAAGUUCUAUCGGAUGAAAGUGUUUGAACUUUGCCCCUCAAUUUGUUUUUCUUCAUCUCCACUCACCAUUCAAGCAGACACCCGGGAGGGAGACAAAGCCUCUAAGGCUGAACGCCCUGUGCAGGAGGCUGAGCUGGAAGAGGAGGAAGAAGAGGAAGAGGAGGAGGCACCUGCAUCAGGGGAGGCCCCUGGGCCAGGAGUAGAGGCCAACACAUCUGGGGUCUCUAAGAGUGGUACCCCUACUGAUGGCCUCCCAAGUGUGGCCACAGAGGACACCCCAGUCAGCACCCCAACCCCGUCUCAAGCCUCCACAGGGAUCUGUUUUCCACGAAAGAGGGUCAGCAGCAAAUCACUAAAGGUCGGCAUGAUUCCAGCUCCCAAGAGGGUUUGUCUCAUCCAAGAGCCCAAAGUUCAUGAGCCAGUUCGAAUUGCCUAUGACCGGCCCCGAGGUCGUCCCAUGUCCAAAAAGAAGAAGCCCAAGGACUUGGAAUUCGCUCAGCAGAAGCUGACAGACAAGAACGUGGGCUUCCAGAUGCUCCAGAAGAUGGGCUGGAAGGAGGGCCACGGCCUGGGCUCCUGUGGAGGUGGCAUCCGAGAGCCAGUCAGCGUGGGGACUGCCUCAGAAGGUGAGGGGCUGGGGGCUGAUGGGCAGGAGCAUAAAGAAGACACCUUUGAUGUCUUCCGCCAGAGGAUGAUGCAGAUGUACAGACACAAGCGAGCAAACAAGUAG